AUGGCAGGUGGUGCUGAGAUUGCCGCUGCUGCACGAACGCAAAUUGGUCUCCCCUAUUCCUGGGCGGGAGGGAGCUGGGCUGGAAAAUCGAGAGGUGUGCUUUCAGGUGCUCACACAGUUGGGUUUGACUGCUCCGGUCUGGCGCAGUAUGCAGUGUACCAGGGCACACACAAAAAGAUUGCCCGAGUUGCUGGUGCCCAGUACGCUGAUCAUCAAUGUCAUCACGUCCCCUACGCUCAACACCAGCCUGGCGACUUGGUUUUCUUUAAUGAUGGCGGAUCGAUUCACCACGUAGCUGUUAUUUCAGGACACGACCGAAUGGUUCAUGCUCCUCACACUGGCGAUCAUGUUCGAGAAGCCGCGGUCUAUGUUAAAGGUCGAAUGGAUUUAGUAACACGAU